GAGUGUGCGAGAGAGAGAGAGAGAGAGUGAGAGAGGGGGCGGGGGAAGAGAGAGAUAGUUACUGUAUUAUUCUAAGCCAAGCUUGACGCCUACAACUUUUAUUUCAAGUCUUUGCUACAACAACAAUGAGCAGCAACAAAUUCACAGCAACAACGACAACAACAACAACAACAACAAUAAUUAAAAGUUAAAACUUGGAAGUAUUUUGUACUUCUUUUGUAUGAAAAUUGCGUGAAAAAUUUCACUGUCAGCAGCAGCAGCAGCAGCAGCAACGUGAGAGUGAGAAGUGUAAAGUGGGAGGGGAGCAGCACGCCCAAUUGGCUUUGGGGGCUGCUGGCGGUUCAUCGCGUGUCGCGUGUGGAAAUGUUUUGUGCGCCCAAUGAAAUUCAAAUCGCUUGCAGCGAAAGUGCAACAACAUUAAUUAGCGACAACUUGUGGGAGUAGCAGCAACAGCAACAGCAGCAGCAGCAGCAACAGCCAGUGGCAUCGAUGUAGUCAACGCCCAGCGGCCCGCCCCACACUGAACGCCGCCAAAUGAUCGAAUGGUGGUGAUCCUUCUACUGUCGCCAUGCACAUGCAGCCGCAGCCAAAGCAGCCGCCACGCACUAGCACAACAGCAACAGCAACAGCUACAAACACAGCAGCAACAUGUUGCAGCUACGCCUUGCUGCGCUGCCAACUCACCCACUGGCAGCAGCAAUUCAAACUCCUCUUCGGCCUCCACUGGUGACACGGCCAUACCCGCCACAAACUAUCGCCACACUGCCCCAACGCCACAACGGCCUAGUCAUAGUCAUAGCUACCAGCAAUCACCACUGUCCGCCAGCAACUGGCACGCCCCCAACUCAGCCAAUGCAGUGCCCAAGCCGCCGCGCAGUUACGCCCACGCCCACGCCCACGCCUACAGCCACGCCCUUGCGCCUAAUAUCUAUCGCAUCUACGCAACGCCACAGCAACACACUAACAACAACAAUAUUAACAGUAACAACAACAUUAGCAGCAGCAGCAACAGCAGCGACUAUGUGCGUCACGUGACCCGCGUUAAUUUCUACGACGUUGAUACUUCACAGGUCGAAUUCGAGCCCAAAGACGACGAGGACAGCAACGAGGCGACGGCAAACGAUUGCGAUACAGAAGCUAUAACCAAAGAAGAGGAAUGGAUAACGAAGCGCAAAACAGAGCUAACGACAACAAGACAAAUCGAGACGCGUGUGCAGCGUCAAGUGAAGCUGCAGGCGGGGAAGGUCAUAGAGGAUUCGGGUCCCAUAGUGUCCACCAAUACCACCGAGGAUACGGACAAGCAGGAGACGGAGACAACAGAGAAACGCGACUUGGGACUGCCGGAUGAUCUGGAUGGCAAUGCGCAGCUGAUCGAUGUGGCCGCACUGGAGGAGGGAGUCGUGGACGAGAAGCAGCUGGCGCAGCUGCAGCAGAACUUUGGCGUUGUGGCUGGCAUGGGAACGGGCACGGGAAUGGGAGCGGGAGCGGGAGCUGGUGGGAAGCUGGUGAAGCGCAUGGUGGCGCGGCCGAGCGAUGGGCUGGUGCGGCAAGUGGAUGACAAGCGCGUGAUAUCGCAUGAGGAGAUCAAGGACUACCACGAGACGCAGGAUGUGAAGCACAUGGGUGACAUAACCGACGAGACUUACGUGAAGGCGGUGCGGGAGGGCGCUGAGGAUUUGGAGGCGGUGCUCUGUUCGCCGCAGAGUCAGCAGCAGCUGGUGGCGCUGGGCCCGCAGCUGAUAGCGGAGACCAGUCGGUCGCGCAAGACCAUCGACUCGGAGGAGACGCAGAAGCGUUGCCUGGCGCAGGAGGACGGCACGUUGGUCACCGAGAGCAAGCGCACCACCGAGCACGAGAUCAUCCUAGACGGCGACGAGCCGGCGGACAGCAAGGGCCGUGGCCAGGGGCAUGAGCUGCUGCUGGGCGGGGAGCAGCUGAAGACGACAGCGGCCAGCCAGCGGUAUUUCAAGCAGCGCGACGAGCAGCAUGUGGAUCUGUUAGCGGGCGGCAAGGUGGUGGCCAGCGAGAUGCGCUACGCAGCGGAGACAAUGCAAAUGGACAAGGACGGCUCGCUGGAGCGGCCCGGCGACUGGGACAGCCUCUCGGAUCGCAUGCGCAAGCUGCGCCGUUCGCAGCAGCAGCAGCAGCAAAAGGAGGUGGCGCUGCUGGCGGAUCGCAAGGAUGCGUUGACCAAGCGACCGCUGGACUUUGAUCGCGAGGAGGAGACGCGCAAGGGCGAGACGAUGAAGUGGCUCGAAUCUCACUUUGGCAGCGAGUCCACCGCCUCCAACGAUUCGCGCGACGAUGAGAACAACGACGCCGCCGCCGCCGGCGCUGCCGACGUGGAGCCCACCAAGAAGAGCUACUUCAACGUGACCAUCAAAUCCCAGAGCCAGCUACAGCUCCAGCAGCAGCAGCAGCAGCAGCAACAGCAGCCUCCAGUGCUGAGCAAUGGCAACUUGGGCAACGCUGGACAGACGCAUCUGCAUACGCAGACGCUGCCGCGCGAGCGUGACAGAGACAGAGAUAGAGACAGGGAAAGACUGCGUGAGCAGGAGCGGGAUCGGGAGCGGGAGCGCAGCACACUGGACCGCAAGCAUGUGGCCAGCAGUGGCGGCAAGUUCUAUCAAGGGAUCAGCAACUGGGCGGAGCGCCAGGAGCUGCCCCAGCAGCAGCAGCAGCAGCAACACUUCUCCUCGCAGGCCUUUCGCGAGGAUCUGCAGGAGACCAUACGGCGCAAGCAGAUGGGCGGAGUGGGCGGUGCGCUGCCGCUGGCAACGCCGACGCCGCUGCUGCAUGGCGACAGCUACGUCAGCCGCGAGGACAUUCUGCAGCAGAAGCGCCAGAGCCUGUCGGCGCAGUUUCUGGCGAGGAAUGCGCGUGGCUCACGCGAUGCGCUGAACGAACUGGACGCGCUGCCAGCGCCGGCGUCAGCGUCAGUCGUGCAACAGCAACGUGCCACAAGCAUGCAGCGCGCCGAGGCACGCGGCAAGAGCUACGAGCGCAGCCUGGAGAGCCACCACCACCACGCCCAUGAGUACAGUGUGGGUGGCGGAGCUGUAGCUGGACGGCCCACAGUGCCGCAGCGUCGACGUGCCAUUGAAAAGAAGCUCAGCGAGCAGAAGCUGACGGCAGGAGCAGCGGUGCCGCCAGCGCCGCCGCCACCGCUGGCCGCCACACUCGAGCUGGAGCUGGAGCCGCCGCCGGACUAUUCCCCGCCGCCGCGCAGUCGCAGCCGCAGUCGCAGCUCGUCGCCGCAGGUGGACUAUCUGCUCAGCCGGCCGCGUCAUGGGCCGCCGCAUGGCCACGCUCCACUGGCGGUGGAGCCCAGCAGCAUGACCCUCAACCGGAAGCAGCAGCAGCGCACGCGCUUUGCGCCCGCCGCCAGCGCCAGCGCCUCCAACUCGAACCUGUCCACGCUGAGCAGCAGCAAGCCCAGCCGCAUGGGCCAGGUGAUUGGCAACUCGCUGCGCAAGCUCGUCAGCAAGAUUCGCACCGCCAGCGCCGAGCGCAAGUUUCGCAUGAAGUCGCGCGCCGUCUCCAAGUCGCGCGAGCAGUCGCCCGCCGCCCAAAAUGCCACGCCCACCACCUACCAGCAGUACAAUGUGAUCGAUGGCCACAUCAAUGGCAACGGGCACGGCAAUGGACACGCCAACGGGGUGCGGCACAGCAGCCAGAGCAACGACGGCUCCGAUGGCUCCAAUAGCGAUGGCCAGCGGCGACGCAAGGCGGCGCAGCUAACAGCGCUGCCAGCAGCGCAGUCGCAGUCACAGUCGCAGUCGCAGCUGAUAAGUCCACGUCAGCGCUAUUACCUGGGCGAGGAUCCCUACUCCAGCACGCUCUACGGCAAGGAGAACAUGUACGAGCGGCAUGCCACACGUGCAACACGUCCCCAGCAACAGCAGCAGCAGCAACAACAGCAACAGCACCAACGCUUUGAGGCGGAGGAGGAGGUGGAUUACUAUGAUACACGUGGCAUGGUCAUGGGCGUGCCGCCACCAACGUCGACGCACACGCUGGGACGCUACCAGAAGCACAGCCAGCGCUUUAGCGGCUCCACACCCAAUCUGCAUGCCCAGCAGGAUUAUCGCUCGGCCCAAACGCUGCCGCGCAAGCUGCACGAGCAGCCGCCGCGUCGCUAUGCGCCGCUCGAGAAGCCGCCGUUGCCGUCGCAGUCGCAGUCGCAGCAGCAGCGGCAGCUUUAUGUAUCGCCCGCUGCAGCUGCAACUGGAGCUGGAGCUGGACCCGCCAAGCCGGCGCGCACCUAUGCCAAGGUGCUGAACCGCAGCAAGAGCUUCAACGUGCAUGGCAUGAACGGCAGCAACGAUCCUAGUCCCAUCUACAUUGAGAAGCUGACGCGCAACAACUACAACUACAACAACUACAGCAAUGCCCAGGCGCAAGCUCAAGCGCCAGUCCAAGUGAAAGACAAUGGCCAUGGCAUGGGCAUGGGCAUGGGCAUGGGCAUGAGCAACGCCAGCGCCUACAAGUCCAAUCCGCAUCUGUACAGCGCCGGCAAGGACAACUCGCUGAAGAGCGGACUGAAGAGUCCAUCGAUUGUGAAUCUGAUCAGUCGCAGUCAGCGCGAUCUGACCAAGCUGGACGGCCAGGCGGACGAGCAGCUCUAUGCGGCGGAGGACAAGAAGCAGCUCUAUCUGCGUGGCCUCCAUCAGCAGGCGCCCGAGCUCUAUCGCGUCAUGCACGGCGAUGAGGAUGCCGCCUAUGGACGGCUGGGGGGCGGCAAGUAUGCGCUCCAGCCCAAGUACUCGCUGGACUCGCGUGCUCCGCCCGCUGUCGAGCUCAACAAGGAUACGGCCAGCAUAGUGCGGCGCGGCAGCGAGGUGCAUGCCACCAGCAACUUGCAGCAUCACCACCACCACCACCAACAGCAGCAGCAGCAGCAGCAUCAGCACUUGCGACGCGGCUCUGGCGCCACCAUCAUCGAGCUUCGCAAUCGCAAAUGAAACUUGCGCUCUCACUCUCUUUCACACACUCUCUCUGUCUCUUUCUCUUUCGUUUUGCUCUGCUAAUCUGCGGCUUUAGUUUCAUUUGACAAGCAGCAAAUAAAAAUGCAAAGCCCUCCUUACCACAUGGCCAUGCCACAUGACCUGCCACACACGCCACCACUUUCAACCAAUCAAUAUUCUAUACUAUUUUUAAUUGCUAUAAAAG